AUGUCUAAAGGAGCAGGAGCUGUAGGGUACCAGGAGUAUCAAAAGACCCCACGCAUAGUAAGUAGGGUACCAGGAGUAUCAAAAGACCCCACGCAUACGCAGGGCGGCUCCGCUGCAUACCGGGUCUACACAUCAAAAGAGUGGGAUGUGAUCAACACACAGAACGCAACGAAUAUCAACACACUCAGGGACAAAUAA